GGUCAUCGCUGAGGGCUUGAAAGGUGGCUGAGAGCAUCGGACACCUCAGACGGCGCUGGCCCGGGAUCAGACCGCGUCUCUAGCGAGACGCGCCCUCUGCCCGCCAUGGCCCGGCUGUUGCGGGCGUCCUGCCUUCUCUCCCUGCUCCUGGCUGGCUUCGUCCCGCCGGGCCGGGGGCAGGAGAAGUCGAAGACGGACUGCCACGCUGACGUGAGCGGCACCAUCUAUGAGUACGGAGCCCUCACCAUCAACGGGCAGGAGUACAUCCCCUUCAAGCAGUACGCUGGCAAAUACAUCCUCUUUGUCAACGUGGCCAGCUACUGAGGCCUGACAGGCCAGUACAUUGAACUGAAUGCACUACAGGAGGAGCUUGAACCAUUUGGCCUGGUCAUUCUGGGCUUCCCCUGCAACCAAUUCGGAAAACAGGAGCCAGGAGAGAACUCGGAAAUCCUACCCAGCCUCAAGUAUGUCCGACCGGGUGGGGGCUUCGUCCCCAAUUUCCAACUCUUUGAGAAAGGCGAUGUGAACGGGGAAAAAGAGCAGAAGUUCUACACGUUCCUGAAGAACUCCUGCCCUCCCACCUCAGAGCUCCUGGGCUCACCUGACCGCCUCUUCUGGGAGCCCAUGAAGGUCCAUGACAUCCGCUGGAACUUUGAGAAGUUCCUGGUGGGGCCAGAUGGUGUACCCAUCAUGCGCUGGUACCACCGGACCACGGUCAACGCCGUCAAGAUGGACAUCCUGGCCUACAUGAGGCGGCAGGCGGCUCUGGCGGUCCAGGGGAAGUAAAUCAGACCUGCCCGACCCCGUGUCCACCGUGCAGGGGCUGGGGAGGGACUCCGUUCGGGAAGGAAUCCAUUUCUCCAACCACACCACACUCCCACCAUAGACCCCUUGCUAUUACACCAAGGCCCCAACCUGACACGAGCAUGUGCGUACGAUUGCGUCUGUACCGCUAUGCACGUGGGUGUCUGCACACAUGCCUACAGGUGUGUGUGACCACGUGUAUGCAUGAGUGAACAGCCACCUGUGUCUACCUGCAUGAAAACGGGGAAUGCGUACCAUAUGCGUACGCACAGCUGUGCGCUACAGAGUGCGAGAAAAUACCUCCCCUUUCUCUCCAAUUCUGACCCCCAUAACCAUUCACUUUCAGCUGAGCCCACGGUAAAACCAGCUCUAGAUCCAACUGUUCUGUUCUGUUCUGACCUAGACCUCAGCUUUGGGGCCAGCAUCUCCCAUUGCCUCCAAGUAUCACCACUGAAGGGCCCAGAAGUUUCUGGGUCUACCACACUGCCCAGUCUCCCUACUCUCCACCAUGUAGCCCCUCUCCUUCCUGAAGGGCCCUCCCAAGCCCCCUACCCCACCCCAUAGUGCUCCCUGAGAGCAGCCAAGGCAGAUGUGAGAGCAAGGGCCACGUCCCCCGUGUCAGGAAUGGCAUCUCCAUGAAGGAGGGGCCCGAAGCCCUUAUGGGCGGACCUCCCCCGAGCCUGUCUGAAGGGCCAGCCCUUAGUGCAUUCAGGCUGAGGCCCCUGGGCAGGGAUGCCACCCCUGCUUUUCUGGAGGAUGUGCCCUCUCCCCUCACCCUUGUCCCUGGCAUUAGACCCCAACCCCCACCCCCGGUCUGCCCAGUAAAGGCCUUUCUGCAACA